UCUAGAAAACUAAGGUUUUUAUUUUUCUCCUAGUGUAUUUCAUAGACUACCUCUCACGAUCGUAUCCACCUGUCUGUUGCACUUCCUUCAUGUGAGAACACAUACCUGCACUUCUGACCUGAUUCUAACAUUCUGUUUAAUCAUGUUAUAAAACGAUAUCAUCUAGUUCUAAAUCAUAGCAUUUAAAAAGAAAUAUUUCUCUGAUACUCUGCUCUUGAUAAAAUGAAACAUCAUUUUGUGAGUGACAUUGGACUCCAAUAAUAUCCUUGUUUUCAUACUAUUUCAUUUCCUUUAAAGACACUCCUCUUACUCAGUUAUUUUCUAAUGUCCACUUUUGCUGACAUAUAAAACAGAUCAUGUCUUAUAAUUCAAACAAAAUGUAAUAACCUGCAUGAAAAUGAAUAUAAAUAAAAAUGCUUUGAAAAUUUUUGAGAAUAUUGGUGGACCAUUGGAAAGAUAUUCACUUUUCAUUUUAUUUUGUAAAUUUAUUUUAAUCCCUACCAAUUAAAAUUAAGAAGAACUAAAAGUUAUAAAGAAAAACAAAGAUUCUUCAAUCUCCAACCUCCUGCUAGUGCUUUCUCUAGAAUUGCUCUCAAUAUUUCUAAGUAACAUGUUUAUACUGCUAUACCUUGACAUUUGGUUUUAUAUUUUAAUCACUUCUUCCUAUGGUAAAAAAGGAUUCAACAUUUUUACUUUCCAACUAACAAACACAUAUACAAACGUUGCACAUUUCUUGUCUCCUAUUUUCCAAAUAGAGUUGUUGCAGGUUUGCUUUUUUGUUGUUGUUGUUAAACUAGUAGUUUUGUCCAUAUUGCUAAGGUUACUUCACAAUAUACAUUAGUGUUGUAUGAUUACAUUUCAUUCUUGAAAAAAAUAUUUCCUAAAGCUGAUAAUUGUUGUUUUUACUUGCCUCAUUGUCUAUUUAUUUUCUAUAAUAUUCCUAUUGAUUUUUCACAUUAUCUCUUAUUUGAAUAUUAAUCUUUCUCCUUAAAUAUUAAAAAAUGUCAGAUACCUGUCAAUUAUAUUUAUUUCCUGGAGCUCUUUCAACCACAUCCCUCCAUAUCUCUGCUUCAUUUUUACUGGUUGUUCUGUAGGCCGUCACUCUAGGACUUUUAUUCCUUUAAUACUUUCCUGUGUUGGUCCUCUUUUACAAGAUCUAGUAUGUUUCUUGGUUUACUCCCUUAUUUAACUGACACACAUAUCUCAAUACCUUCAUAAAAAUGGAUGCACAGGAGGUAACAUCUUUUGAGACCUUGCCUUGUGAAGGUAUCUUCAUUUUCUUUGCGUUUAAUUGACAGUUUGACUGGGUAUAAAAGUCUAGGUUGAAUUUUUUUCAAGCUAGAUUUCCCUCCGAUUUUGGAAGGAGUGUUCCUUUUACUGAUUGCAUACACAGCUGCUAUUCAGAAGACUGAUUCCGUUCUGAUUCCUACGUCUGUUAAUGUCAACACCUUUUUUCAUCAUGGAAACACUGGAAACUUUUCCUAGUAUUCUGAAAAUACUUUCAUGUCAGCUAUUUAUUUAUUUAUUAAUCUGGCCAUAUGGGUGUACCCUGUUAGUGUUUAGACUCUUACUUUCAGUUCUGAGAAAUUUUCUUGUUAUGUUUUCAUCAUAAUUUCUCCCUUGAAUUUUCUACAUUUUCACUUGAACCAGAAUCUCAUUAGGGAAAUGAUGACUCUCCUGGACUGAUUCUCAAAGACUCUAAUUUUUUUCCUUUCUUAUUUUCUCUUUGUUUCUUGUUCUAAUUUUUUGGACAAUUUAGUUUAUCAUCCAAUCUUUAUAUUUAAGUUAUUCUUUUUGGCUGACAAAUACUUAUUUUUAAGAGCCCUUUUGGUUGUCUGAGUGUUUUUCACAGCAUCCUGUUAUAGAUUUGUAAAUGUAGUAUCUUCUCUCAUCUAUAAUUCAUCUCUUUAUUUUUUUGAAAUGCAUUAUGCAAAAAAUGCAUUAUGCAGUAAAAACUACUAUUAUACCUAUUUUAAAAGUGAGAGUGAAUCACAGAGAAGUUAAGAACUUGUCCAAGGUUAUACAGCUAGUAAGGGGCACAUAAGCCUUAAUCCAUUCUUUAUCUUACAAUAAGAAUACAUACUUCAAACAGUUACUGUUAAGAUUAAAUGGGUAAACACUUAAAUGUGGCGCUUAGAACAGUGGGUAGCACAGAGUAAAUACUCAAUAAGUAUUAGCUCUUAUCAGAUUUUACUACUCUAAGGAUAUUAAUCAGACAUUUUUGAAGACUUUCUUCAGUUUUCUCUAUUAUAUGUGUUUCAUCCUGUUCCUUUUGUUUUGUUUUCUGGUGAUAGUGGUUUUGGCCUUUCUAUGUCGUGUUGUAGGCAUUUCUUCAAACGUCUUGUGAUCCUCAGCUGUCUUCUCAUAUUUAAGAAUGGUGAGAUAUCAUAAUGUCUAUAGUCAGCUUUUUGUGAGUACACGAGGCCUGUUGAUGGCAGGGCUUCACUUUAAUGUAACCAUGCUAGGAUAGGACUGUUUCCUUGGGAGACCCCCGAAAACAAGUAUGUGUAAGUCUUUAUCUGAUCCUUUCAUAUUUUCUAGGUUAGAAUUCUACAAUAUCUUCUGUGUGGGGGCGAGUGAGAGAGGAAGUCAGGCAUAUACCUUGUGCCCUUCAAUCGGAGAGUAUUGCAUGGGAAGGGGCUAGAUUCCUCACCGUUCAGGAUGCAAAUUUUUUGCUUAAUCUCAAUAUUUUUAGUUUCACACCUCACACUUGCUUUCAGCUGUGCAUAGGGUCUCCAAAACUAGAGAUAGUCCCAUUUAAUUUCUACAUAGAAUAAACUUUUCAUUCUGUGGAACUGAGUUACUGUUCUAUCUAUGUAGGAUGAUGAGAGGAUCAGAGAAUUCAACUCUCCUAUAUCCAUAUUGUCAACUAAUUAUUUCUUUUUCAGUCCUUAACUGACUUCAAUCUUGUUAUGCACUUGGUUCCUCCAAAUCUUGACCUAAAUGGGAUUAUGUGGGAUAAACCCACCAGUUUCUUGUGAAUAUCUGCAAUGCAGGAAAUUUACUUUAGACACUUCUUGGAACUGAUAACUUAAUUGCUCUUCCAUCUGCUUUCUGUUAUCAAAAGCAUGUGUGUUCAUUUGAGAAUUCUUAGUCUUUAUUACUUCAUACCAUUUUUAUCAUUUUUCUGUCAUUUUAGUGGGUAUGUUAAUGGGAGGGAAGAUAAGUGUGUAGUCAAUCCAUCUACUUUUCAUUUUCUACCAUUUUGUAGUGAUUUAUUUUUCAACCAUGUACCUAGCUUACAUUUUUACAAAUGUAAUUUGAACUUACUUUAAAAAUGCAAACUUGUUAGAUUCCUCCUCCAUCCAUUCUUGAGAGCACUUUUGAGAUCUCACAUCAUUGUGAGCUCCUAGCAUCUAUUCCAAACAAUCUCCCCCAUUAUGUAGUAACCAUGCACUUUGGUUAGAGCUGAAACCACUCAAAGCUUAAGAGGUGGUUCCAGACAGGAUUAAAACUAAGCAAAAGGCCAAAAAUGAGUCUUUAGAUUCUGGGACUAAAAUCUCUACCUACAAUUCUAUACCUUUUGAAACAAUGCUUGCUUCAGUAGCAGGCAUAUGAUCUUAGUUGCUCUAAUCAGAGUAAACUAAGUUUUUCUCCUGUGAUUGGAAAAGAGACUCUCUCUCACUCUCUCCUUCUGGGCUGAAAGAGAAAGUAGAUAGUGAAAGCUAUAGCUGGAAUAAAUCUUGGGACCCUGCGGGAAGCCGGCUUUAGGAGUAAGCCUGCUUUAAAUGAAACUAACAUGUUUGGGUACUUAUUAAAUAUUUUUUGGUAAAUUAUGAGAAACUAGAACUAAAUUUUGGAUUUAGAUAGUAUGUUCCACCCAGCAUUUUACUUCAUUUUUUUUCCCAAGUCAUAGUUCAUUGUUGUCAAGACAAUCUACAGAAAUGCCUUCUUGUGCUAUAACAACUAUCUAUAUAUGUUCCAUCUCAUGGUUAAUCCAGUUUCAUAUCCUCUGAGAGGACUCUGAAAUGACUCGUGCACACUUCCUCUUUCCCUUACCACCUAAAGAAGGUCAAGUAGUGAUAGAAUUUUGUUCAGUUUAACAGUCAUUUCUACUCUCCUUGUUUCAGGCUUUCAAUCUUCUCAGAAAGAUUCCAAGCUACUGAGGGCCAGGAAUCACUUCUUGUGUUUCUGUAUUCGCCACAACCGGGCACUUUGGAUUGUGGAGAGAGUGGGGAGGGAUAUUUAAAUGCUUUAAAACAAAUACUAACAGCAUCAGAAACUAUAAAGAGUAUAAAACAAUUCUUAUGGAAGAUAGGAUGUAUUUGUAACUACGUAAACACAAUGAAUAAAACAGUAUUUGUUUCUGAAGGACAUUUAUGUGAAUGGAAUUUAGGCAGCUUUAAUCAAACUCUGAAAAUCUGUGGAGACGCAUGGUGGCGCUGCAGGAUAAUAUCGUGGGGAAAAAGAGAAAAAAAACACAUUACGCUGGAUGAUGGUCCGGAAACUGUUAUCCAGUGAACACAGGGCGUUGGGAAGACAGAAAGAACAAGCCUUCAAGGGGCAAACUAGAAGCUAUUCAACGGGGUCAAAAUCCUUAGGCUUCCGAAGAUUUGGUGGACAUAACCGAGGCACAUUUGCCAGAACUGCGAAGUGGAGCUCAAACGAUUCUACAGGAAGCCUUUGGGAAAGGAGCUAUGGAGAACGGAGGGACAAGCACUCUGCGGAUAAGGCAAGUCCUGCUUCUCUUUGUUUUGCUGGGAAUUUCUCAGGCGCGCUCCCAGUCUGGGCGCUUUUCAGUGGCAGAGGAGAUGCAGAGCGGGAGCUUUGUAGGCAAUUUGGCAAAGGAGCUGGGACUGGAAAUGGGUGAGCUGUUUUCUAGGGGGGCUCGGGUGGUCGCUAAUGAUGACAAACAGCGUUUGCAGCUGGACGUAAACACGGGGGAUUUGCUCUUAAGCGAAGUGCUAGACCGGGAGGAGCUCUGUGGCUCCACGGAGCCCUGUGUGCUGCAUUUCCAGGUAUUAAUGAAAAACCCCGUGCAGUUUUUACAGAUUGAGCUCCAGGUCAGGGAUAUAAAUGACCACUCUCCUGUCUUCUUAGAAAAAGAAAUGCUGCUAGAAAUCCCAGAGAAUAGUCCUGUCGGUGCCGUAUUCUUACUAGAAAGUGCGAAGGAUUUAGAUGUAGGAAUCAAUGCUCUAAAAAACUACACAAUAAGCCCCAACUCUCAUUUCCACGUUAAAAUGAGAGUCAAUCCAGACGAUAGGAAAUACCCAGAGUUAGUUCUGGACAAGGCACUGGAUUAUGAAGAGCAAUCUGAGCUCAGCUUCAUCCUCACUGCUCUGGAUGGCGGAUCUCCGCCCAGGUCUGGGACUGCCUCUGUUCGGGUGGUGGUCGUGGACAUUAAUGACAACUCCCCUGAGUUUCAGCAGCCCUUUUAUGAGGUGAAGAUUCCAGAGAAUAGUAUGCUAGGCUCAGUGGUUGUCACUGUCUCAGCUUGGGAUUUAGACUCGGAAAAAAAUGGGGAAAUAUCCUAUACUUUUUCCCAUGCCUCAGAAGAGAUUCGCAAGACAUUUGAAAUUAAUCAAAAGUCUGGAGAAAUUAGUUUAAUGGCACCCUUGGAUUUUGAAACAAUUGACUCAUACUCAGUAAUCAUUCAAGCCACAGAUGGUGGAGGCCUUUUUGGAAAAUCAACAGUCAGAAUUCAGGUGAUAGAUGUGAAUGACAACGCUCCUGAAAUUGCUGUGUCAUCAAUUACCAGUCCAAUCCCAGAAAAUUUGCCUGAGACCGUGGUUAUGGUUUUUAGCAUCCGAGACAGAGACUCUGGGGACAAUGGGAGGAUGAUUUGCUCCAUUCCAGAAGACCUCCCGUUCACCCUAAAAUCUUCAGUGGAGAAUUAUUACACAUUGGAAACAGAGAGUCCUCUGGACAGAGAAAGCAAGGCCGAGUAUGACAUCACCAUCACUGUCACAGACAUGGGAUCCCCCAGACUGAAAACCCAGCACACCAUAACCGUGCUGGUCUCCGACGUCAACGACAACGCCCCGGCCUUCACCCAAACCUCCUACACCCUCUGGGUCCGCGAGAACAACAGCCCCGCCCUGCACAUCGGCAGCGUCAGCGCCACGGACAGAGACGCAGGCGCCAACGCCCAGCUCACCUACUCGCUGCUGCCGCCCCAAGACCCGCACCUGCCCCUGGCCUCCCUCGUGUCCAUCAACGCCGACAACGGCCACCUGUUCGCCCUCAGGUCGCUGGACUACGAGGCCCUGCAGGCCUUCGAGUUCGGCGUGGGCGCCACGGACCGCGGCUCGCCGGCGCUGAGCAGCCAGGCGCGGGUGCGCGUGCUGGUGCUGGACGCCAACGACAACUCGCCCUUCGUGCUGUACCCGCUGCAGAACGGCUCUGCGCCCUGCACCGAGCUGGUGCCCCGGGCGGCCGAGGCGGGCUACCUGGUGACCAAGGUGGUGGCGGUGGACGGCGACUCGGGCCAGAACGCCUGGCUGUCGUACCAGCUGCUCAAGGCCACGGAGCCCGGGCUGUUCGGCGUGUGGCCGCACAACGGCGAGGUGCGCACGGCCAGGCUGCUGAGCGAGCGCGACGCGCCCAAGCACAGGCUGCUGGUGCAGGUCAGGGACAAUGGCGAGCCGCCGCGCUCGGCCAGCGUCACGCUGCACGUGCUGCUGGUGGACGGCUUCUCCCAGCCCUACCUGCCGCUGCCCGAGGCGGCGGCCGAGCAGGCGCGGGCCGACCCGCUCACCGUCUACCUGGUCAUCGCGCUGGCGUCGGUGUCGUCGCUCUUCCUCCUGUCGGUGCUGCUGUUCGUCGCGGUGCGGCUGUGCAGGAGGAGCAGGGCCGCGUCGCUGGGUGGCUGCUCGGUGCCUGAGGGCCCCUUUCCGGGCCACCUGGUGGACGUGAGUGGCACCGGGACCCUGUCCCAGAGCUACCAGUAUGAGGUGUGUCUCAGGGGAGAUACCAGGACGAAUGAGUUCAAAUUUUUGAAGCCCGUUAUCCCCAACCUCCCACCCCAGUGCCCUGGGAAAGAAAUAGAGGAAAAUCCUACCUUCCACAAUACCUUUGGUUUCAAUAUUCAGUGACCAUAGUUAACUUCUAUAUCCCGUAUGUGUUUUGUUUUGUGCUGCUUCCAAACCCAUGUUAUUUCCCCCAGAUUAUGUGUACUUUAAGUUGUACUGUUACUUUAAUAUUUUUGCAUGUUCUACCCACUUUUACUUUUAAGUGAAUGUUUAUUUGUAGUUGUAAUGAAAUGGUGAUUUAUUCUCCAACCUAGGAGGUCUUAAUUUGUAAUGAAUUUGCCUCCUUAAAUAACACCACCAAGUCACUUUUUUCCAUGGCCCUCUCUCCAAUUGAACUUUCACCCACAGUUAUGUUUAUGGUAAGAUAAAACAGACCACUUUCAAAGUAU